AAUUCCAAUAAGGAAUAGUUAGAGAAAUGAGAAAUUAAUAGCACCCUUAAGAGGUGAAAAGAUUAUUGCUUAUAGACAAUAAAUAUGCAUCUGCAGUGUUUUCUUGCUUAUAUCUCUAUAUUAUUAGUUCAAAAUCCAUAUUAUCCUGGAAAGAAUGAGGUUUGGAAUUAGACUGCAAUGUUGUUACUUCUGACUUCUGAGCUUGUAUAAUUGUUUAAAAUUACUGGUUCAUUGUCCUUAUCUUUGUUAAGGUUAAAUUUAUAUAAGAAGGCAAACAGAAAAAAAAAAUUGUAAACUAAGGAAAACUGGUCUAUAACUAUAAAAGAGAAGGUCGUUUAAGUGUUUAAAGGUAUGUUUGUGAGUUUUGAUUUUAGAAAUAAAGGAAGCGAAGAGAAGAGAAGGGUUUAAAGUAUAAAAAAUAGAUAAGCUUUACGUUUUAGACUCUCCCCUUCCUUCCCUUUCCCUCCAAAUCAGAACUCGCAAACACACCCUUUGUCUCUUAUUGACAGAUGGAAUGAUGUGAUAUUCCAGGUACAUCAUGAUAUGAAUGCUCCAUUGUCACAUUAUUUCAUAUUUACCGGGCACAAUUCCUAUCUGAUUGGGAACCAACUAACCAGUGAUUGCAGUGAUGUGCCAAUCAUAGAUGCUUUGGUACGAGGUGUGCGAGUGAUUGAACUUGAUUUAUGGCCGAAUUCAACUAAAGAUGAUGUUGAGGUUUUUCAUGGAAGAACUCUUACCACUCCCGUCUCACUAAGGCAAUGUUUGUGGUCCAUAAGAGAGCAUGCUUUUGUUACAUCUAAGUAUCCUGUCAUUAUAACUUUUGAAGACCACCUUACUCCUGAUCUUCAGGCUGUAGUUGCAGAGAUGGUGACUGAAAUAUUUGGGGAACUGCUUUAUUAUCCUGAGACAGAUUUGCUGUCUGAAUUCCCCUCCCCAGAAUCGUUGAAAGGUCGAAUUCUCAUAUCAACUAAACCACCAAUAGAAUAUCUUGAUUCCAAAUCUUGUGACGACGAAGACAAAAAAACGAAAUCAGCUGACAAAGGAUCACAAUCACCAGAUGUUACUAAUAAAGUGGAAAGUGAUGACAAAGAUGUGGAAGAUUUGAAUGAAAGUGAUGAAAAAUCAUACAAGGAGAGUGCACCUAAGUAUAAACGUCUGAUUACAAUCCAUGCUGGCAAAUCAAAGGGUGAUUUUCAGGAAGACUUGAAGGUUGCUGGUAAAGUUAAGCGUUUGAGCUUAAGUGAAAGUAAACUUGAAAAGGCUUCUGAAUCUUUUGCACCUGACAUUGUAAGGUUCACCCAGAAGAAUAUUCUCAGAGUGUAUCCAAAGGGAACACGCAUAACCUCCUCUAAUUACAAGCCACACAUAGCAUGGACGCAUGGAGCUCAGAUGGUUGCAUUUAACAUGCAGGGGCAUGGCAAAUCACUUUGGUUCAUGCAAGGGAUGUUCAAAGCAAAUGGAGGGUGUGGCUAUGUGAAAAAACCUGAUUUUCUUGUCGAAAAAGGUCCGAAUAACGAGGUUUUCGAUCCUAAAAGAACAUUGCCGGUGAACAAGACAUUAAAGGUAAAAGUCUACUUGGGGACAGGUUGGAGCUCAGAUUUCAGCCUAACGGACUUCGAUUCCCAUUCACCACCAGACUUCUAUGUGAAGAUUGAUAUUGCUGGAGUACCUGCUGAUAGAGCGAAGAAGAAAACAAAGACAAUUAAAAAUAACUGGUUUCCCGUGUGGGAAGAAGAGUUUGAAUUCCCAUUAAGUGUCCCAGAUCUGGCUUUGCUACGUAUACAAGUUAAAGAAGAAAAUAGAACUGAGAAGGAUGAUUUUGCUGGCCAGACAUGUUUGCCAGUCACAGAGCUCAAGUCUGGAUUUCGUUCAGUCCCUCUCUAUGAUGAAAAGGGCGAGAAAUAUAAAUCUGUCAAGCUUUUAAUGCGGUUUCAAUUCAAAUGAAUUAUUAUAUAAUAUAUAAUAAUGACCAUAUAGUGAUAGAUAUCGGAUAUGUUAUUCAUGAUUGUUUAUCCUUCUGAUCAUUUUACAUAUAUAAUAGAUAUAUAUUCAGGGCAUUAGGCAGAUGGAUUGGUUUUUAA